GAAUGGGUGUAAUACAGCAUGCAGAAAUGAGCAGUGAGGAAGCCACAGUCUAUGAGGGAAAACUGACCAAUGAGGAGGGUGGAGAUCAGCAGGAGGCGGAGUCUAAACUCUACAGUGGAGAAAGUCAAUGGGGAGGGAGUUGGCGGAGUGUCAAGAGUCUAACAGCGAUGCAGAUCUGACGCACUCUAACUCACAGGAGUUUGCAGCCGGAUGGAGUGUGUGUAGUGUGUGUUUUAAGAAACCAGACCAUCAGCACUGUGGACAGGAAACCCUUUUAAUCCGAUUCACUUUUGAGACAGGACCUCAUCCUCUCUGCCCCUCCCUUAUGUGUGUGUGUGUGUGGUUUCUGUAAGCUGAGAUGUGAUAUUGCAGUGCCACUAUCAGCUGCAGCAGGCUGUUUGCCAUAGGUAUUUCCAGAUACGUUUUCCUCCAGCGGGGGGUCUGUCUGUGCUGCUGGAGUUUGCGGAUGCACUUGCUCCUGCUCAAGGUGACUUGGGGAGUUCAUAGGCGUGUGUGGCAGCACAGAACUGAAGUGAAGCCUCAGCUGGGAUCUGAUCUGUGGAGGUAGUGAAAUGAAUCCUUGGUGGAGUGGGAUGUGAGGGCCUGACAGGCCCAGAGUCAAGUCACUCCUCUCCGGGAACAGCCAGGGAAUGGGCUCGGCCUCUCCUCAAGAGCCCCUGAAAGACAUGGAGGGCUAUUACAACCUUUUGCAGGCAAGCUCGGAGCUGGAGAGCACGCUGCAACAGGUCACGGUGCCUGUGAGUCUGCAGGAAGUGGCCGGCUACAUUGAGAAACAAGUGGCCUAUUUAUCAGGGGGACGUGGUGAGGACUCUAGUGUCAUCAUCACUCUCCCAGAAUGCUCUGCUUUCAGUGACAUUCCUGAAGAAGCUCUGGCCAAAGUUCUUUCAUACCUCACACUGAUCCCAAGAGCACGACAACCUGGUGUAAAAUUUAUCAUCAUUUUAGACCGAAGAUUGGAUACUUGGACCUCAAUCAAAACAGCACUGGCAAGGAUAGCGGCCUCAUUCCCUGGAAACCUGCACCUGGUAUUAGUGCUGAGACCGACCAGCUUCUUCCAGCGUACCGUCACAGAUCUCGGCUUCCGUUUUAGUCAAGAGGACUUCAUGCUCAAAAUGCCUGUGGUGAUGCUCAGCUCUGUCACAGAUCUGCUGCGGUACAUUGAUGAGAACCAGCUGACCUCAGAGUUUGGAGGAACUCUUGACUACUGCCACAGCGACUGGAUCGUCUUGAGAACAGCCAUUGAGAGUUUUGCGGUCAUGGUUAAAGACAUUGCUCAGAUGCUGCAGGCGUUUGGUACAGAGCUGGCCGAGACGCAUCUAUCAGAGGAGUGCAGUGCUAUUGAGUUCCUCCUGCUGUCACACACCGAGAAAUACAGGAGACUUAAGGAUGCCAUCAGAUCUGUGAUGAGGGAGGGGCGGCAGCUGCUCUCAAACCUGGAGACUUCAAGGAAAGAGGGGGACGCUGACACACGCUGGGACAUGACACAGGACUGGGAUACCAUGCAGAGGCUGCUGGCUCAGCUCACAGAUAUGGAGAUGGCUUUUGAUGGCUUCUUUGAUAAGCACCACCUCAAACUGCAGCAGUAUUUACAGCUGCUGAGAUAUGAGCACAGUUUUCAGGAGAUGGAGUGCUCUUUAGAGAAAUUAAGAGCACAGGAAAGGAAGAUAAGCGUCACAGGAGAAUCCCUGGCCCAAACAGAGCAGACCGUCAAAGAGUUGGACGGUCUGGAAAAACGUGCGCAGGAGGAGAUGAGUCGGGCUCAGGUUCUUAUCCUGCAUGGGCAUCAGCUGGCUGCUGGGCACCACUAUGCCAUGGCUCUGAUUAUCCAGCGCUGUAAUGAACUCAGACAUCAGUGUGACACUCUGACCUCUGCCCUCAGUACUAAACGCAGCUCACUGACACAAGCACAGACCCUGCUGCGCCGCCUCGAAGAGGCUCAGCGGUGGUGUGAUGAUGGCGCCUAUCUCUUGGCCAAUCAGCAGGUGGAUAAAUUCCAGUCUAAAGAAGGUGCACAGACAGCUCUUCGAGAUAUCGAGAAGUUCCAGGAGGCGGCGCCAACUCUCCUCGGUGCAGGCACUGAUGUGCUCUUUCUGGAGUUUGAAUCUGUGCUCACUCCUUAUCUACAGGCUCAUAUAGAGAAGACGUUUCAAAAGCACAGCUCUGUGCAGGCUCUAAUUCAGUCCAGACAGAAUUGCCUGAGGAAACUGGCAGACAAACACGUCCGGCCAAUCCAACUGGUGGCCCCUCGCCCGGAGAACCCACCGCGCUCAAAAUCCCCCCUCUUCUCCCCCAAACAUGACUUUAAUUCCAGUUUAAAGUUCACCUUUGACCUCCCACUACCAGGCAAAAGAACAUCAAGGAAAAGCCCAAACUCCAGGAAGAUUGAGGUGAUUCAUGAUUAUCAGAUGGCCAGCCCUCUCCCCUACAGUAUAGAUGGCGAAGACAGCACUGACCUGCUCAAACGACAUGUGAUGAAGGAGCUGAUAGAGACCGAGAGGAUCUAUGUGGAGGAGCUGCUGGCGGUGCUCCUGGGCUACAGGGCUGAAAUGGACAAGCCGUCUCUUGCUUCGCUCCUGCCAUCAAGUCUUCGCAACAAGAGAGACGUGCUGUUCGGAAACUUGCCUGAUAUCUACAACUUCCAUAGCAGAGUCUUCCUACAUGAUUUGGAAAGCUGUCUGGAGAGCCCAGAGGCAGUUGGGGCGUGUUUUCUGGAACGGAAAGACCAUUUCCAUUUAUAUGAAUGUUACUGUCAGAACAAACCUCGAUCUGAGUCCUUAUGGAGGCAGUUCUCUGACUGUCCAUUCUUCCAGGAGUGCCAAAAGAAGCUGGAACACAAACUUGCUCUUGACUCAUACCUGCUGAAACCAGUUCAGCGCCUUACGAAAUAUCAACUCCUAUUAAAGGAGCUUCUGAAGUACAGCUCAGGCUGUGAGAGAGUUUCUGAACUGCAGGGGGCGCUAGCAGCCAUGCUGGACCUGCUGAAGUCAGUCAAUGACUCAAUGCACCAGAUUGCCAUCACUGGAUAUGAGGGUGAUCUCAGCGAUCUGGGCCGUGUGCUAAUGCAGGGCUCCUUCAGUGUGUGGAUUAGUCAUAAGAAGGGUCCGACCCGCGUGAAAGAACUGGCCCGCUUCAAGCCAAUGCAGCGACACCUGUUCCUGCAUGAGCACGCGCUUCUCUUCUGCAAGCGGCGGGAGGAACACGGAGAGAACGCUGACAAAACGCCCUCCUACAGCUUCAAGCACUGUCUUAAGAUGAGUGCAGUAGGAAUUACGGAGAACGUUAAAGGAGAUGUGAAAAAGUUUGAGAUCUGGUACAGUGGCAGAGAGGAAGUCUAUGUGAUACAGGCUCCCACAGUGGAGGUGAAGAUCGCCUGGCUGAACGAGAUCAGAAAGAUCCUAACCAACCAGCAGAAACAACUCAAAGAGGAGUUGUGUCACUCUGCUGCAGUCUCAGAGCAGAUGCAGAUGUCUCCGCCCCUCUCAGUGAGCAAACAGCAAAGAGCGUCAGUCAGCUCAGAGGGGACUGAGUCAGGCCACAGCAGUCCAGAUCCGUUCAGCUGCUCUAGCCAGCACCAGCGCAACAGACGCAGCUGGCCGGGUGCACCUUAUUCUGUAGAUAUCUGUGAAGGUCUGGAGGACUGGAGUGCAGCAAACAGCCUCUCUAACCCGUCUGACACUGAGGAGGAGGACGCCUCCCAUCUGGUUCCAGGCAGAUACAGGGCCUUUGUCGACUGGAGGAAAACCGGGCUGGAUAACUUGAUCAUUAAGUGUGGUGAUGUCAUACAACUACAGCAUGAGGAAAAUGAUGGCCAGUGGUUGGUGAAGAAUCUGAGUCGCAGACAAGAAGGCCGUAUCCCUACUGCCAACCUACAGGGCAUUCUGGGAGACAGCAUCAAGAAUCACUCCAACCGGCUUGGAGACCCAGGGAACCGUAAAGCACGGAAGCUCAGCUCGCCGUGAAGAAAUCAUCCAGUGCUAUAUCGGACCUUCACAUUCACACUUGGUAGCUCAGAUUGGAUGUGACUACAUGGAUUCAGACUUGACCAGCAGGAUUGUAUUCCAGCGUUCUUGUUCUGACCGUCAUUGCGAUCAGACACUACUAAAAUGCAAAAUACAUCGUUUUUUUACACCUUACAAGAGAUCUGCACCAUUUCAGAAAACCCAGAGAGCGCUCUUAAAGAUCUGUCCUCUGCCGAAACACUUCAGUCCUCCUGACUACGUAAAGCCUAGAACAUUCUGACUCUGCAAUUGUCCCAGUAGACUUGACAGUUUUUUUUUUAUGAAUCAAGGCCCAUGAAAAACACUUCUGAUCUGGCUUUGUCGCUGUCUUCAUGGUUACCUCUCCUAGAAGACCAAUGAAAACAUCCCGUUCGUAACGGACCUGGAUUUUUAAACUGUGUGCGUUUGUGCUGUUAUUUAUCGUGUACUGUUACUAUUGUAGUAUUUAUCCUCUUUGAACAAACAGAGCUCUACCUGAGAGCUUCAAUGCCAAAUCAUGUAGUGCCAUAAUGCCUGUUUCCCAACUUUAUUUAAUGUAGAUACCUCAAAAAAUAUUUCAAAGCACUUUAUUCAGGUCACACAAAUUUGUGGUCUUUUGUGUCUCUCUACAGCUUUAAACCAGUUGAAUUUUGCAUGCCGUCAAUUCUUACCUCUCUUAUUUAGUAAAAUUCUCUUGUCAGGCACUUUACAUGCAGAAUCUACUCCACCAGCUUGAAGACCUGGGGGCUGUCAUGUAAAUGUUGACUUUAUAGCCACAAAUAUGAGUCAUGAGGGGGCGAGCGGAGCUCAUGUGUGUUUCUUGUCACAAUCAUGGCGCCAUGUGCGCCUGCAAAAUCAGAGCAAUGUUAAUGGUGAUUUCUUAUUAAGUGAGAUCAUACAGCAAACAUUAAAUAUACCCACUGUUUUGAAUAAUUAAUUAAACAUUAAUUGCAGCCUUAUAUGAAUUUACUACACAAAAUCAGGCCCACAGUUGGAGGGCUGACUUUGAUAUAUACCAGCGUUUGAAGUGCAAAUGAGCUGUGUGUAGCAGCAGGAGACGCUGUGGAGUACAUAUCUCUUAUGUUAUUAAUUUUGCUAUCAAGUUGUUCCCUUCCAGCGUGGAGCUUCAGGCACACAUCCAAAAUCAGACCAUGUAAAGAAUAUAUAUCUGUGUUAUAUUAAGGUCCUUUCACACCAAGAAUGGUAACUAUAAAGAUAACUAUAACGAUAAUUAUAUCAGCGUCUACGCCAGUGGACGAUGCAGUUCCCUUUCGAUACUUCACUCGU